AUGCCAGCUGUAGAUUUGAAAUAUUCUAGUGCAACUUCGUCAAGUUACGGUGCCAAAUUUGUUUCAGGCUCUCCAGUCAAGGUCACAAACAUGAACUCUUUUGACAACCCUGGAGAAAGUGGUCUGACCAAUCCACGACAGGCUGAAAUCGAGCAGAAGAAACUUGAUAUUGCAUGUUACAAACAUAGUCUGGAGCUAAAUCGUGUUGCGCUUAGCAAGACUAUCUGGGAUAUACGUAAUUAUUGUUUCACUAAUGCUCAAAAUGAUCCCUUACUCUGUCCCCCAAGAGACAAUCCAUAUAAAUCCCAGCGAUCGUGUACAGUUAUCUAGGCAAUUGAUAGUUACUUUCUUUUUAUAUAUAUAUGCAUAUAUUCGCUUCCUUGAUUAUGACUUACUUAAAAUGCUUUUAAUUAUUUCACGCUAUGUAAAAUGUGAUUUUAAUAACUUAUUUGCAAAUAUUAAGUGAUUGGUACAGAUACUGUUGUUGAAACCAACAUCAACAGAAAAAUGUUUAAAUAUAUUUAUAUUGAAUA